ACCUUCUCCCCGCAGCCCCGGGUGCCCAUUCCUGGCUUGGCUGGCUCGGUGCGCUCGCCAUGGCCGCGGAAGGGCGCCCCUCGACGGCGCUGUCGUGCCUGCUGCUCCUGCCAAUGUUGUUGCUGCUGCUGGCGGCGCGCCCCGACGGCGCGGACGGCCAGCAUCCCUGGAGGCAGCAGAUCCGCUGGGAGAGCGGAGGGAGGCUCUUCAGCCUCUUCAACAGCGCCGCCCGCCUGCGGCCGCCCCGUCGGGGUCCCGCCGGCGACCACCACCAGCCCCAGAGCCUCUACCUCAGCAUCGCCGCGCGCCCCCACGGCGGAGCGCUCCGGACCCCGCCGGCUCCCGGGCGCGUCCCGCGGGCCGGACCCGUCGCCCUCCAGGCCACCCGGGGCUUCCCCGGUUGGGAGGAAGAAGGCUCCGGGAUGGGGGUCCGCGCCGUCGAGGCCAGCCGGGGAGACGCGCCCUCCGGCGCGGACAGGGGUCCCCGAGGGCGCAAUGACUCGGCUCCCGGGACCCCUUCUCCAAGCCGGCUGCAGGAGCAGCAGCAGGUCACCCCAGGGGCUGAUCGAGGGAGCGGCCCGGCUGGUAGCUGGCCUCCGAUGGGGGGCAACGAGAUUCAGGGGGACCCCGUCCCCGAGGAAGAGGGUUUCCAGACGCCCCCCAGCGCCUCGACCAGGGACGACCCGCGAAACCCCUUCCAGCGCUGGAAUAGCAUCUUCUACGACGUCUACCCCGGCGCCAGGCAGCGCCCCUCGACGGCAAGCACCCCCAACAGGAGGCCGGGCUAUGGGACCCGAUUAUUUCAUCAUGGGCUCCCAGAUUUGAUUCCCGAUCCGUACUUCAUCGAAGCAGGCACCUACAUCCAACGGGUCCAGCUGUACGCCUUGAAAUGCGCCGCAGAGGAGAAUUGCCUGGCAAGAUCUGCCUACCAGCCAGGGCUGAGCAACAUCAGCUACCGGGUCCUCCUCCGCUUCCCGCAGAGGGUGAAGAACCAAGGCACAGCCGACUUCCUCCCGGUCAAACCAUACCACGCUUGGGAGUGGCACAGCUGCCACAACCAUUAUCACAGCAUGGAAGCCUUUAGUAACUAUGACCUGCUGGAUGCCGUCACCCACAAGAAGGUGGCAGAAGGACACAAGGCCAGCUUCUGCCUGGAGGAUACGACAUGCGACGCCGGAGUCCGGCGACGAUACGCUUGCACGGCUCACACUCAGGGCCUGGGUCCUGGCUGCUACGACACAUACGAUGCUCACAUUGACUGCCAGUGGAUCGACAUUACAGACGUCCCCCCCGGGAAUUAUAUCCUCAAGGUGACCGUCAAUCCGGACUUCUUGGUGCCCGAGUCUGACUUCACAAACAAUGCUGCCAGGUGUGAUGUAAUAUACACAGGGACGCAUGCCACCGCAAGGAACUGCAAGAUCACCAGCAACUAAACGGCAACCCAAUCGCAGUGGAGCGAGACGGCUUCGUACCCCAUUUCCCUCAAAUGCUUCAAACCAUCUCUGCAACCCCGCUGGACCGAAGGAGACUCUGUGGCUCAAGACACGUUUUAAAAUUUGCCCAGUCCUCGCUUCCUAUCCUGUCCCAGCUGCCGCCAGUAUUAAGUAUUAGGCAUUUGCUUUUAGGGAGACUGCUGAUAUAUUGACACUAGCCUAGGACUUGCCGAUCAGAAGGUCAGCAGUUCGAAUCCCCGCGACGGGGUGAGCUCCCGUUGCUCGGUCCCUG